GCCGUGCGUCCUGAGCGUGGGAUCCGGAAGUCGGAGUCGUGCCGCAUGAGCGUUGUCGCCUCCGCCAACCGUGUGCUACAGUCUGUCGGGCCCCGGCAGCAAGUAUAGGGAUCUUGCAAAGGGUCUGUGGCAUUGUGAUUUCCACGUCUGUCUUCAAAUCACUUCUAGCAGGAAGAAAGAGGACAGAUCUGAAACCUGCCUGCUUUCUAGCUGGUAACCAUGAUGAAAUUUAGACACAAAAAUAAAAAGCCAGGUAAAGGUUCCAAAGGCUGCAAGAAGCCUGCAAAGCGCAGUGGUAAGAAAGCAACCCACGAAGUGUCUUCUGCCUCCCAGUUUGUUCGCUCCAAUGAUCACGCCAGUCGUGAAGCUGAAUUAAAGAAGAAAAGAGUGGAAGAGAUGAGGGAGAAGCAGCAGGCUGCCCGGGAGCAGGAGAGACGCAGACACAGGACCAUGGAGAGCUACUGCCAGGACGUCCUGAAACGACAGGAGGAGUUUGAGCGCAAGGAAGAAGUUUUGCAGGAAUUAAAUAUGUUUCCUCAGCUGGAUGAUGAGGCUACGAGGAAGGCUUAUUACAAGGAGUUCCGUAAGGUGGUGGAAUAUUCUGAUGUGAUCCUGGAAGUGCUGGAUGCCAGAGACCCUUUGGGCUGCCGUUGUUUCCAAAUGGAGGAGGCUGUCCUGCAGGCAGAAGGCAAUAAGAAGCUGGUCCUGGUCUUGAACAAGAUUGACCUGGUACCCAAGGACAUUGUGGAGAAGUGGCUGGAUUACCUUCGGAAUGAGCUGCCAACUGUGGCUUUCAAGGCCAGCACUCAGCAUCAGGUCAAAAACCUGAAUCGUUGCAGUGUGCCAGUAGAGCAGGCUUCUGAGUCACUGCUGAAAAGCAAAGCCUGUUUUGGAGCUGAAAACCUCAUGAGGGUUCUGGGGAACUAUUGUCGCCUUGGUGAAGUGCGUACCCACAUCCGCGUGGGCGUUGUGGGCCUUCCCAAUGUUGGCAAGAGCAGCCUGAUCAACAGCCUGAAGCGCAGCCGUGCAUGCAGCGUGGGAGCUGUUCCUGGGGUCACCAAAUUCAUGCAAGAGGUCUAUCUAGACAAGUUCAUCAGGCUGCUGGAUGCUCCAGGCAUUGUCCCGGGACCCAAUUCCGAGGUGGGCACCAUCCUGCGCAACUGCAUCCACGUGCAGCAGCUGGCAGACCCCGUGACCCCGGUGGAGACCAUCCUUCAGCGCUGCAACCUGGAGGAGAUUUCCAGCUAUUACGGCAUCUCUGGGUUCCAGACCACUGAGCACUUUCUGACAGCAGUGGCCCACCGCUUGGGAAAGAAGAAGAAGGGAGGCAUAUACAGUCAGGAGCAAGCAGCCAAAGCUGUCCUGGCUGACUGGGUGAGCGGGAAGAUCAGCUUCUAUACACCACCACCACUGACCCAUACUCUGCCCGCCCACCUCAGUGCCGAGAUUGUUAAGGAGAUGACUGAGGUCUUUGACAUUGAGGAUACGGAGCAAGCCAAUGAAGAUACCAUGGAAUGUUUGGCCACGGGAGAAUCAGAUGAACUGUUGGGUGACACAGACCCACUUGAAAUGGAGAUCAAGUGGCUUCAUUCUCCGAUGGUGAAAAUAGCAGAUGCCAUUGAAAAUAAAACCACCGUGUACAAGAUUGGAGAGCUCACUGGGUAUUGCACUAAACCGAACCGUCAUCAGAUGGGGUGGGCUAAACGCAAUGUGGAGCACUGCCCCAGGAACAACAAGGACUUGAAUGCCUGCCCAGUGGACCGCCGCCCGAUGCUGCAGAAGAUCAUGGAGACCGACCCCCUGCAGCAGGGCCAGGCUCUGGCCUCUGCCCUGAAGAAUAAGAAGAAGAUGCAGAAGCGUUCAGAUAAAAUCGCCAGCAAGCUGUCUGAUUCCAUGAUGUCUGUCCUCGACCUCUCUGGCAACGGUGAUGACGGUGCUGGUGACUGAGCGGCUGAUCUCACUCCUCUCCCCUCCAAGCAUCACUUCCAGUGGGAUGGGGAAUACAGAGGAAAUAGUUUGGUUCUUCUCAAAGCACCUGUGUAUUAAAAGAACCCAUCUCACACGCGUGUCUCCUUCCCCCACUGUUGCCUUUGUUCUCUCUGGUAAACAAAAGUAUCCCAAGCGUCUGGAGCUGCCAAACAACCCAAUACCCUUUAUUUAACUCCUGUCCUCUUACCAGAGAAGUAAAUGUCAGCAGAACCCAGGUAGCUAACAAUUUCUCCCCACCUUCAAUCUAGGAGUCCCUACCCUGUUUGUUGGCCUGGUGUGCAAGCUGAUCCCCACUCCCCAAAAACCCUCUCGGAUAGCUGAACGUGCAGCCAGGGCCAAGGCUGCUGGGAGCCCUGGUGGUUCCUGGGAAGGGAGUGUAUCUACGACAGCCUGCCGUGGGCUUCACAUAACACAUCCGCCUUCUAAGUCCACAGGUCUUUGCUUGGUUAACAGUGUGGGUGGGUGGAGGGAGUGAUGAGCCUUUUCCGUUGCUGGAAGGGUCUGAGGAUAGGAUAGAGGAAAGAAGAGAACAUAUGAGCCUGGCUGAUGCUGAAGUGUGGCAGGUACUACCUCACUUGUAUGAAGAGAAAGGCAGCUGCUGAUAGAGAAGCUGGGUACCUUUAUGGGCAAGCCCUGUCUGGGCAGGCUGAAUUGGAGGGAUCCCUUUAACUGAAGUUCUCUGGCCAGGCCAUACUCUUGUGUGACUGUGUCUGAUCCAGUGCCAGCAUUUGAAUUCUGUGAUUCAAGAGGGUUAUAGUCCCAUUUAUUCACACCCUAUGUCCUCGAGGAGCUGCUGUAUUUGGCAGCAUACCAGCUAAUUCCCUUUUCAGUUUCUGGAGGCCAGCCUGAUGAAGUAUAAUUGGCUGCCUUGUCUGGGAGAACCUAUCCCAACCUGGAUGAGGGCAGUGGCCCAAGCAGUGCUAGGAGUCUUCAGAAAGUGGCUAGGGUCGAUGAUGGCAACUGAAACCUAAUCUUAACUUUACCAGAGUUCUUUGGGAUUGUACAUGUGGCUUCAGUUCCUAGAGGCCUACCUGAGUUGACAGAUUUGGAAGGAGUGGGCAUUGCAUUACUCCAGUCUUUGCCACCUACCUUGCAUACCAUCCUUAGACCACAUCUGCAUUUUAGCCUUGCCUUUGCUUCUUAGCUUGCCACUGCAUACCCAGAUCCUAGGAGGGAAACUACAUGACAGGGACUAGAAAGCCAGUGGCUGCAGGCUGUUUGGGCAAGACAGUGCAGACCGCUUUCAUUCAGGGAUAGCCGAGGAGAGAAUUAAUACUGGUUGGGCACAAGCUGCAUCAAGCCCUGGGAACCCGUUACCUCCUAUAUCCUCCGAUACAGCUCUGUCAUCCCCAUAUGAAAAAUAAACAGGCUCAGAAAGUUGACAGGCUGCACCCAAGAUGACAUAUUAAGGGGUGAUGUCAGAAUUAUAAUACAAAUGUGAUUAAAACCCUAUGCAGACUCUUUCCUCUGCAUUGUGCUGCCUCUUUAACAGUUUAACAAAGGAACACUGAUUAAGUACCUACUGUGUGCCAGUUUCUGAUACCAAGUCCUUGAAAUGCAUUUUCUCUUUUUUGCUUUAAAACCCACUUCACAAUAUUUCAUUAUCAAAAUCUGGUACAUUACAAUGUUACGAUCAAAAAUUAAGAUUCCAGGACAGCUAAGGUCACUGUACUAUCAUAUGACAUUUCAUAAUGUAACAUAAAAUCUUGACUACUAGGAUGUGCUCAUAAGUACUAGAAACAGAAGGAGCUAGAUGAGUAAGAAAUAGCACGAGAAUGUAAUUUGGGCAAAAUCAGAGGAACUGAAAUAGUCAUACUAGGAUAAAACUUUGGGGCUCUAGAUUCCCUGAAAAAAGCUGUUUCUUGAGUCUUUCUUAAAAUAGUAAGGUAUAAUUUACAUACAGUGAAGUUCACCCUUUAAGUUCUGUGAGUUUGGAUAACUUCAUACAGGCGUGAACCACUUCCAUGAUCAAGAUAGAGAAUAGUUGCAUCAGCCCCCAAAACUCCUGUAUAGUCAACUCCUUCACAUACUGUCAGAUUCUGGCAACAAUGCACCUGUUUUCUGUCUCUAAUUUUGCUUUAGCAUGAAUGUCAUAUAAAUGGAAUCAUAUACUAUAUAGGCUUAUUUUUAUGCCUUUAUGUAUUUAAAUUUUUUAAAAAACUAAAAGUCACUGAUGUAUAGUUCUAUAAACUUUGGUAAAUGCAUCAAUUUAUGUCACUACCAAUAUAAGCUACAGAACAAUUUUAUUAACCUCCUCCCACCGAGUUAAUUCCUGCUACUUUAUAGUCAAAACCAGUCCCCAACACCUAAUAACCUGGCAAUGACUGAUAUUUUUGUCUUUAUAUCUUUGCCUUUUGAAGAAUGUCAUAUAAGUGGAAUUAUACAGUAUGUGGCUUUUUGAGAGUAACUUUUGCUAAGAAUAAUGAAUUUAUGGUUCAUCCAUGGCAUUGGGUAUAUCAAUCAUUCUUAUUUCUGACUUGUACUCCAUUGUGGAUUUACUACAGCUCCAUUUCCCAGUUAAGCACAUUUGGGUUCUUUCCAGUUUUGGGUGAUUAUGAAUAAAGCUGCUAUAAACAUUUG